AUACUGGUUAUGGUUUAGCUAUAUAAUUUCUUCUAGUAGUAAAUUCUUACAAAAUAAAGAUACCCGAUAAUGGACAAUCCAUACUCGAUUAAAUUCACAUUUGUAAACCCAAAUUUCUGUAAAUGUUGGAGCGUAUUAGCAUUUACAGAAAGUUGAGAAUACGUAUAAACAAUGGUUAAAUUCGAUUGGCAGGUUAUUUCUUAACAACAAAAUAACUUAAAACAUUAAUAAUUUAGAAAUAUUCUAUUUUGAUAGUAUUUAGUUUAAACAAUAAGUAUAUUUAUUUUUUCUAAAUUUCUAAAUAUGUUAGAGAAAACUCAUAUUAACGGUCACAUUUUAUUUAACGUUAAACUGCAUUAAUUAAUUUCUUAUGUUCACUUGAAAAUACGUUUAUGUUUGUGUUUGAGUGUUUAAUCUCUUAUAAAUAUGAGACAAAAUUUCAUUCUAAAAUACCAGAUACAAACAUUUUAAUAUAUUAUAUUAAUAACAUUUGCGACUUAUUUCGAAAACAUUGGCACAAUGGCUCACACUUCUUCCCGAACUACUAUCGUAUUCAUUGUUGUUGCUUUGAUUUGUGCGUUCGUUCCUGCAUUCUCUGUUGAAGAAGCUGAAGCAAAAUCACUAUGGGAUACCUGUCUUCUUAAAAUCAGUCCAAAAUGUGCGUUGGAUAUAAUUGGUAUUGUCUUUGAAAAUUUAACCAUCACUGAUGCAUGUUGUCAUGAUCUUGUACAAGAAGGAAAAAUGUGUCACGAUACUCUUAUCAAAUAUAUUGCUGAGAAGCCGCAUUUAGUUGCCCACGAAACAGAGUAUUUGAAGAAAAGUGAUGAUUUGUGGACUCAUUGUGUCUCAGUUUCGCAAACUGCUUAAAAAUAUGUUAUGCUUGUAUUGAUCUACAAAUUUUUUAUUUAACUAUCGUUAAAUUUUAUUUGAUCAAAAUUCGUGGAUCAAACAGUAUGCAAUAUAAAGCGACCAUCAAGUGAAUCUCAUUCUAAAUGAAUCAAUACAUAUAUUAACUCAAUUGAAAAACAAUGUGCUAACCAUACAAGAUUGUUAAACUAAUAACAAGACAUAUAUGAAUAAUUUCAAACAGUAUUGCUUAAUUACUUUGACUUAACUUAUCUUUAAUUUUAAAAAUUAAUUUUCCUCUACGAUUUCAAUCAUUAUUUUUACAUACACUGAAAAUUAUCUUGGAUAAUUUAAAACAAGGAGCUAAGAAAAUAUCUAAUGUUUCACCUUCGAAACCUUUGAGUUUAGUAGUACAUGCUAAUAUAAUGGCUUGGAAAAAAAAACUAUUUUGAAUACUCAUGUUGUCGACGAUUUUGUAAAUACGAUCAUUUACAAAGAACACAAU